GUUAUUAUCUUUUUCUCUCUUCUCCUUUUCCAUGUACAGUCAGCCACAGGAAUAAGUAUAUUGUGGAUUAUAGUAACGUUAGGUUAAGUUAGCAAUAGAAUAGGUUAAACUAGGCUGGGUAAGUUUACAUUAGAGUUAAUUUAAGUUAGGCUGGGUUAAGUUAACAUUAGAUCACAUAUUAAGUUUGUGUUAGGUUAAGUUAGCAUGACGUUAAGUUAAAUUUGGCUAGGUUAAGUUAGCAUUAGAUUAAAUUUAGUUAGUCGAGGGUACGGUGGCGUAGAUAUACAGUAGUUAUUGAUCACAUACGAGAAUAUUAAGAGGGAACAUAUUUACUGUGUCACCGAGAAACUCAAAUCAGUGUGCUUCUUACAGUCGGCGGAAGCACAUGUGAAGGAUGUGGUCUGGUGUUGUAGGGAACUUGUGGCCUGGUGUUGUGGGAGAGUUGUGGCCUGGGGUAGUGAGGAUGAUUUUGUGGCCUGGUGUUGUGGGGAUGAUGUUGUGGCUUGUUGUUGUGGGGGAGUUCUGGCGUGGUGUUAUGGAGAUUAUGUUGUGGCAUGGUGUUGUGGGGGAGUUGUGGCCUGAUGUUGUGGGAGAACUGUGGCGUGGUGUUGCGGGGGAAUUGUGGCGUGGUGUUAUGGAGAUGAUGUUGUGGCUUGGUGUUGUGGGGAAGUUGUGGCAUGGUGUUGUGGGGGAAUUUGUGGGGAUAUCGUGGAGUGAUGUCACGGGGAAGUUGUACCCUGGUAUUGUGUGGAAGUUGUGGUCUGGUAUUGUAUGGUUCUUAUGGUUGAAUAUAAUACCGAUCGUUAAUGGAGAAUCAGUCAGGUGGUACCCAGUUCAAGUCUCAUCUACUAAACUAUCCUUGGCUAGUCCCCAAACCCUUGAUCUGGCUAAUGAGAUCAUCUGUGCUAUGAAGGCGACACACACGACCUGGUCCACUCUCUUCACCUACCACGACACCACAUGUUACCUGUACGGCGUCAACAUCUAUAGUGAGAGCGAUGAUUCCCUAUUAAGUGACACGGUGACCUGCUGGACCCGACUAUCUGGUACAGCACCACGUGUUGACUGUGACGCUGUGAGAGGCUCCGGGGCGACGGAAAACGGAGUCUAUGAUAUUUAUCCCAGCAGUUCCUCAACAGGUGUGAAUGUGUACUGUGAACUUCAGGGGACUUAUGCCUGGACGAUCUUUCUCUCUCGUAACUCCAUCUCAACGCACUACAACUUCACAAGACCCUGGCAAGAUUACAAGAAUGGCUUCGGGGACCCUCUUGGAGAAUAUUGGCUAGGCAAUGAGAACCUCCACGCUGUGACUGGGGGUGGGAAGCAGUACAUCCUGAGGGUGGACGCGACCAGACUGACCGGUGAAUCAGGAACUGGAGAAUGGGACGUGUUCAUCGUGGAUACCGAAAGCAACAACUAUCGAGUCACAAUAACAGGAUAUAACAGCGUCAGCAGUACUCUCGGGGAUGACCUGACUUACAACAGUGGUAUCUUUUUCUCUACAAUCGACGUCGACAAUAGCGGUGGCUGCGUUACUCAGCGUGGAGGUGGCGGCUGGUGGUACUCUGGCUGUAGCUGGGCUCACCCUACAGCACCUCACGGCAACACUGACGGUAGCUCUAGCGUCUUGUCUUGGUACUAUUUCACGCCCACUACUUCAGGCUGGGUAGGACUGAAGCAACUCAAGAUGAUGAUUCGUCCUAAAUAACACUAACCAAAGAUACUUCCUGAAACUAACAUUAAUUAUAAAUUGUAUAAUUAAUAAAAUACAGUAAACAUAUAAUUAACAAAGAUGGUGUAAAUUAAUAUAACACUGUAAAGAUGUAGUUAACAAAGAAGGUAUAAUUUAGUAUAACAUUGCAGUUGUCUCACUUUUCCCUUUAAUCACAUAUAAUAUUGUAGUGGACGUCUCCCCUACAACUGCCUACAACUGCGUAGCCACAGCCACCACACGGCACCUCCACGCAUUCCGACGUGCCGU